UCGUUGGGUUUUGUUUAUAAUUUGAAGGAGGCAAGAAGUUUUCCACCACAAUUGAUACUUUGACUAUGCGUGAACGAGAUUCGAUGCUUGCUGCUAUGUUCAGUGGCCGUCAUACUGUCUGUGAGGAAUCUGCAAAGGGGUAUGUGUUUGUUGAUAGAGAUGGAAAACAUUUUCGUCACAUUCUGAAUUGGUUGAGAGAUGGUGUUAUUCCUUCACUAGAAGAUUCUGAAUAUGCGGAGCUUUUGAGGGAGGCAGAGUAUUAUCAGCUUCUUGUACUAGCAGAUGGAAUUAAUGCUACUUUGAAUAAGAGAAAGGAAGAUGAAGAGUUGGUUAGUGAAUUGACUAGGAUAGAUAUCAUCAAAUGCAUACAGUCAGAACGAGUCAGAUUUCGAGGAUUGAAUCUUUCUGGCCUUGAUCUUUCAAAGCUGGAUUUGUCAUGUGUGGAUUUCAGUUAUUCAUGUCUCAAGAAUGUAUUCUUCUCCAGGGCAAACCUUCAAUGCGCAAAGUUUCGCGAUGCAGAUGCUGAAGGUUCUAUAUUCCAUAAUGCAACAUUGCGUGAAUGUGAGUUUACAGGGACAAACCUCCGUGGAGCUUUGUUAGCUGGAGCAAAUCUUCAAAGUGCAAAUUUGCAAGGUAAAAUCUUGUAUUGUAAACUCUUUUUUGACAAUUGGUAAUCUAUAUAUAAAUGU